ACUUAAAUACCGAAUGGCAUACUCGGUCUCGAAAGAAAUGUCAAAUCUCUCUGUUCGAAAUGUUUGCUGAACUUUUGCCGUUUUGGACGAAACACUGGUACCACGUGGUAAUCUGUAUUGUAUCUUGUUACUUUUUAAAAUUAUUCUACGUAUCGAUAAAGGGCAUCGUUUUUACUGAAAAUAAUAGAAACUCUAAUAACGUGGAGCAACUAGAAGACGAAGAAACGUUUUUUGACGAUGAGGAACCCGCGCUACCGAAAGAUUUAGAGCAUAUCCCGUACAAAUAUGAGAGACCCUCGGAAACAGAGUUGUACUCGCGAGCUUCGGAAUUUUAUAAAAUAGUAGCUGCUAGGAGAACCAUACGAUUCUUCAGCUCUGACCCUGUACCAAAACAAGUGAUACGCGAGAUAAUAAAAGCUGCAGGUACAAUCAUCUUCUGUUACAUUCGUAAAAACAUGUUGUACAAUCUAAGUCUUAUAGGCACUACGCCCAGUGGUGCGCAUACAGAACCAUGGACAUUCGUAGUGGUGUCGAAUAAAAAUGUGAAAGAACAGAUAAGGCGCAUCGUCGAGAACGAGGAGGAGAUCAACUACAAGAAACGGAUGGGAGCCAAGUGGACGGCCGAUUUGCUUCCACUCCGAACAAAUUGGAUCAAAGAAUACCUGACCACCGCUCCUUAUCUGAUACUCGUGUUCAAACAAAUCUACGGAAUCUUGCCGAACGGGAAAAAAAAAGUACAUUAUUACAACGAGAUGAGCACGUGUAUUGCUUGUGGUAUUCUCAUCACCGCUAUACAGUACGCAGGUUUGGUAACUCUGGUUUCUACUCCGUUAAAUUGUGGAGCUGGCAUCCGCAACCUUCUUCGACGUCCUCCUAAUGAAAAGCUUCUCGUACUACUGCCGGUUGGUUACCCGGCGAAGGAUGCCACGGUACCAGACCUUCAACGGAAGUCUCUAUCCGAUAUUCAAGUGGAGAUCGAUUGACGCGUACGCAAUUGCG